GUCACGUAACUAUAGAUUUUCAGUACUGGCAGUGAAUACACAGCCAUAACAAUCAAUACCGAACGCACCGAACAGUACUGGCAGUAAAAAAGGAACACAGGGUAAUCGUUGAGGUGCACAGCUGAUUCUGAGACGUGUCAUUUACAUUUUCGAUGACAAUAACGUUGGUUGGAUGUUGGACAGCGGCGAUAUUUCGCGCGUGAGCGUCACCGGCUCGUUGCGUUUGCGUAGACUCGAAAGUUCUCGAAGAUGAUUUGAUCGAAAGCCGUCCUCUUUGAAUAGUCCCGUCGGACUGCAGCAGGCUGCAACAGCUGAUGGAAUAUCGCGCGCGUGUCGUUUUGUUAUUCGAGAUACUUUAAUAAAAAUCACGAGGCACCAAGUGAGUUGCAAGUCAAACGACAAUCUUCCCUUCAAGGCAUGUCUCUCCAAAGUAGAUCUGAUGGCCGUUAUUACUGUAUUGUAUACUUUUGUCGGCAAGGAUGACCUUUUCUUUGUCCAGCUUUGCUCAUGAUUGCAGAGUGCUGAGUAUGGCGAAGGGAGACACGAGUAAGUUAACAAGAGAAGAUUUUGAUGCUGGCCCAUGCAGCUUUGACGAGAUCGAGCCGGGUUUGUUCCUGGGUAAUUUGACGGCUGCCACAGAUGUUGACUGGCUGAAGGACGCUGGAAUAACUCGUAUAUUAACAAUAGAUUCAUGUCCGUUGCCAAGAAAGAUCCAGGAACGUCUUCCGAAUUUAAUCAUUAAGUAUAUUCAAAUGACGGAUAUGCCGCGAGAAGAUCUGCUAACGCACUUCGAAGACUCCUACGAAUUCAUUGACCGUGCCCUCGACUCUGACGGCAGGGUACUGGUGCAUUGUUACUUCGGCGUGUCGCGAUCCGCUACCCUGGUGAUUGCGUACAUCAUGAAGAAGCGCAAGUUGAGCUUCGUGGAUGCGCUCCAAGUGGUGAAAUCGAAGCGUCGCUUUGUCGCGCCGAACCCAGGCUUCGUGGCGCAGUUGCGGCUCUACGAGAACAUGGACUACGGCGUCGACAGUACCAAUGUGCAGUUCAAGAUGUAUCGUUUGCAGAUCGCCGCCGACAAGGUGCGCAAAGCUCGCAUUCUUCCCCAGAGCUGCGUCGAUCUAAUCAAGCCGGAUCCCGCGCUGACAACCAUGCGUCCUGAGCCGUCGGUUUAUCGUUGUAAGAAGUGCCGUCGCAUCGUGGCGAGCGCCAGCAACAUUUUGCCCCAUGCACCGCGCGAGAAGCAGAUCUGGCGGCAUAUCAGCGUCAAAAGCGUCCUGAAGGACGGCGAGAGCUAUGACAAAUUGAUCCAGAGGAGAGACGACUCGGCGCGAGUCGAGCUCUGCGACAAGAUCUACUUCGUAGAACCGUUGGCCUGGAUGCCCGACAUUACGCAUAACGUUGAGGGCAAACUGAACUGUCCUAAAUGUAACACAAAACUCGGCGCGUACAGCUGGAUCGCUGGCAGUCAGUGCCCCUGCGGAAGUAAGAUCGCACCGGCUUUUUAUCUGGUCCCGUCCAAGCUUGACUGGAGCAAUGUUGUGCAGAAUGUUCAAGUAACGGUAUAGUACUGAGGCACAUAAAAAAUAUGUUGGAAAUAACACGCGUAACACGCGACCUUAAAUGAAUUUAUGAAGAUCGAAAUCUCGAAUUUUAUAUUCGAUGAAAUUUUUCAAGGUUGUUGAUAUACUCGUCAAGGCAAUACAAGUCAGGAAAAAUGUUGUGAAAAUGUUGAAAAAGCGUCUAUCUAGACGCUAUAACGUUUUGGAUACCUUGUAGGUAUCCUUUUGAUGUUUUUUGAAUGUUUGUCUUGUUAAAUUAUAACAUCAUUAUCAAAUGGUCCAAAAUGAUUGAUGUAGUCGUUGAUAUUUGACCCUCAGCAGGUAAUAUAUAUCUUUUUAAGCUGUUAAGUUUAAGUCAUUCCAUGUAAAAUAUCGUCCAAGUUAAAAAAAUCUAUUAAAAGAAGAAUUAAUAAAGAAAAUAAUUUUAAUCAUACCACUUUAUGAACGUGAGAUCUUGUGUUAUUUGCACUUUACUUUUAAUUACACCAACGUUUUGUGCCACGAGCUUAAAAAACUCCAUAGUACCUGCUGAGGGAGAAUAAUACAUUGAGUGAGACACAAAAUACGAAUAACGAUCAAUAUGUAUACGCCGGCUGACUGUAUUCUAAUCCUGUGCCAAUAUAUAUUUCGAUAUGUGUACAUAUAUACAUGUAUUUGUUACAUAUAUCUAUAUGUUGUGUACUUUUCUGAUUAUAUAUAUGUAUAUAUCAAUGAGAGAAACAUACCCGAAGACGUUCUCCGAUCUCAAUGUUUUUAUUGCACACGAUGUUGUCUAUACCAUCUACAUAUAUCUGUAUAAGGCCACAAAUCUGUGUAGAAUGCCGUCUGUAUAUCCUGUACUUAAAAUAUUCCAAUACACUUCCGCAUAUAACUUAAUGUGCUACUCUAUCGACGGGAAAAAGAA